AUGGGGCGGGUGUUGGAGCCCUGGCCAUCACCCUGGGUUGUGCCUCUUAAGGAAGGGUCUGCAGAGGGGCCUGGAAGUGGGAGGAUUUCAGGGCAGCUCAGGGGCCCUGAGCACCUCUGCUCCUCCCUUCAGGGCAAGGAAGGGCUGUCCAUUGAGGGUUCCAUGCUGAUGAGGCUCCUCCGGUGUUUCCUUGAUGCGAAAUCCUUCGGGCUCACCCUGAGACUGUGGGAUGUGCUCAUCUUGGAGGGCAAUCGAUUACUGACAGCCAUGGCGCAUGCAUCAUUCAAAAUACACAGGAAGCGCCUCAUGAAGCUUUCCUGGAGCACCAUCUGGGAGUUUCAGGAGCGACUGUCUCAGAGCUGGGCCCUGGAAGACAACACAGUCCUCAGGAAUCUUCAAGCCUCUAUGAAGGAACUCACAAAAAAACACUGGGACCUGCCACCCCCAGGGAGCUUGCUACAAAAUGCACAUUGCUAUACCAUAGCCUGGGGCUUGCAAUCCAACCCUGGCAAGGAUUCCUGCACUUCAAGGGCCUCAGGUGACUUUCAUGCACACCCAAGUCAGAAGGCUGUCCUGAAUCCUGGAUGUCACCUUCCUGCCCAAAAAAGGAGGAACAAAGGUCAACCAGCAGCAGACCAGUCACAAAAAGAGAUGAAAUAUUGUUCACUGUGGCAUAGAGAAAUACUACUGAUUUCUGUAUGUUAAUUUUGUAUCCUGCAACUUAACUAAAUUUGUUUAACUAUUC